GAGUCCUACGUAGUUAGGCGCUCUAUCCACUCCUCUCACGACUCGCACGUUGUGCAUGCCCUCGUAUAGCUCGGGCAGUUACUCUCUGUACAUGGUAUAUAACCCCUUCGUGGGCAAUGGAAUGAAUCACGCAUUGCUUUCCAUAAUUCAACUUGGCACCAGAGCCUUCCUUCCUGCGAGCCUACCAUGGACACCGGCAACUCCUCUUCCUCCGGCGAUCUCACCAGCACCACUGCUCCUCCGCCGCCGCCGGUUCUCCCCUCCUCUGGGCUCCUCACCCCUUUAGCUUCCGCUCCGCUCACAACCCCUUCCGCCGCCAUGACUACGCUGCCUCUUGCACCACCACCCACCCUUCCCGUCGCGGCUCCCUCAUCUUCCUCCGCCAUCCCCUCCAUCCACAACCUCAAUAACAUCGGCAGCCUCAUCACCUUCAAGCUGGAUGUCCAAUCCGGCAGCUACUCCAAGUGGCGCGAACUCUGGCGCUGCAUCCUCACCAUGUACUCCGUCGCCAGCCACGUCGACCACUACUCCAACCCCGACCAGCAGACACCGGCAUGGCGCCACACAGACCUGACCCUCCUUCUGCUCCUCUACUCCACCAUCACCGACGCCCUGUACGAGGUCGUUCGCGGCGAGGACAACACCGCCUAUCGCGUCUGGAGCCAACUCCGUGACUUCUUCCUCGCCAACCAGCCCGCCCAAGCCGUGCAUCUCAGCGCCGAAUUCCGUGCGCUCACCCAAGGCGAUCUGCGGGUCACGGAAUAUUGCGGGCGGCUCAAGGCGCUGGCGGACGCCCUGGCGAACGUCGACGAGCCCGUUAAGGACAGGACCCUGACGCUGCAACUCUUGCGUGGACUCUCCCGCCGAUACCAGGUGAUCGCCACCGUACUUCCGAUGCAAACCCCGUUCCCUACCUUCAAUCAGGCCCGUUCGCGGCUUCUUCUUGAGGAGCUCACUCAGGACGCCUGGGACCGCUCCGACGGUUCCUCCGCCCUCUCCAUCGGCCUUGGCGGUGGCGGUUCCUCCUCCUCUGGCGACCGCGGGUCCUCCGGCGACCGCGGCCCCUCCAGCACCGACCGCGGCAAGGCCCCCAUGGAGCGCGGGGGCAGCAGUGGAUCGGGCGGUGGGCAUCCCGACCGCGGACGUGGGCGUGGCCGUGGCCGUGGCCGCGGCCGUGGUCCCCCUGGCGGUCGUGGGCACGCCACACCUCCAGCCGGCGCCGGCCAAACUCCUUGGCUGGGGUACUUCGCCCCGUGGGGGGCACCCUUCCUGCCGCCGGCUCGCGCGCCGUGGGUUCCUCCCAACGCCGCGGGCGUACUCGGCCCUCGUCCCACCGCUCCGCACCAGGCGUACCCCCUGAUGUACGCUGGGCCGUCCGCGCCUCCGUCGCAUCCGCCGUCGUGGGAUCCAGCCGCGCUCUACUCCGCCCUCAACCAGAUGACCCUCCGGCAGCCCGGCGCCACUGACUGGUACCUCGACACCGGGGCCUCCGCACAUGUCACCGGUAACGCAGGACCUAGCAACGCGGACCCCCCUAAUGAGGCGCAAUAGCUCUGGCCCGCUCUAUCGGUGCGGCGGUGCAAGUCCUUCGGCGUUCUUCCUCGGCACCGGCGAGAUGUGGCAUUGCCGCUUGGGGCACCCUGGGCGUGCCUCCCUUUCCCAUUUAGCACAACACUUUCUUCCCGAUUGUAAUAAACUUCCCUCCCCCUCUCAUUCAUGUGAGGCUUGCCAAUUAGGGAAGCAGCCACGGCUGCCUUUUUCACAUUCUAGCACUGUUACAACUUUCCCGUUUCAAAUAAUUCACUGUGACCUUUGGACCUCACCGGUGGCUAGUUGUUCCGGCUACAAAUAUUAUUUGAUCAUAAUGGAUGAUUUUUCUCAUUA